ACCCAGCACCUGAACAUGGGAUGUGCAUCCAGAGCUGAGCGAGCACCCAAACACAGGACGAGGAUCCAGAGCUGCCUCCUCCCCACGGCGAGCUCAGGGCAGCGGGGCUGCCCCACGGCCUGUCCGCCCGGCUCGCCGGCUCCAGGACGUUUCGGGAGCGCCGUGCUCGCAGCAGCGGGUACCACAGACCUCUCCCACCCCGGCACCGCCGCAGCUGCGCCAGCACCUCCAGCUGCCCCUCCACCACCAACCCGAGCUCCGCUCAGCGCCCCCGGCCCGCACCUGGCUCCGCUCACACCGGGCUCCGGCUCCUCGGGCUGCGGCCCUCGGGGCUCCGACCGCCCCUUCCCGGAGCGGAGCCGCCGAGCGGGGCAGGGGAGGCGGGACCGGCCCGCGCACCGCCCCGGAGCGGCUGCGGGCGGGUGGGCAGGAGCCGCUCCGGGAACCAGCCCCGCUCAGGCGACAGCCCCCGGGCGGCCCUUCGGCGAGGCGUCCGCGGGGAAGGGCCCGCGCUCCGCCCGCCUCCCGGUCCCGGCGGGCGGACAAUGGGAGGCCAUUUCACAGAGACAGGCGGGCCGGGAGGCAGCGCGGCGGCCCCGCCGCCCUCCGGGGGCACCUCCCGCCCGGGGUUGGGAAGUGACGUCCCGCUCUGCCCCGGAAGUGCGGGCGCUGCCCCGAACCCGCCGCAGCCAUGUAGGUACCGUUACCGUGACCGGCGGGGACGGCGGAGCGGCCAUGGAGGGCGCGGACCACAGCGGCGCCGCAGCCCCCCCGCUGCCCAACCUCACCCCCCGGCACCGGCAGCUCAUCCCCACGCCCUGCGGCCCCAUAAAGCCUUGCUCAGAGCUGUCGUUUCCCGUGAAGAUCUACUUCUGCGUCACUAUUUUGUCUCUGCUGAGCGUCAUAGGGCUCACCAUAGAGACACUCGUUCGACAGACCGAGGAAGAUUUCACCAUUUCUCUUAUUCAGUUAAUUGGAGUUGUGUUCUGCGUGUACUACGUGACCAGAGGAAUCCUGCAGGAGAAUCGCCAGGAGCUCAUCGUCUUUGUGCUUUCCAUCUUGCUCGUGAUGUUUCGUUCCGUCGUCAACUUCACGGUUCUCUCCGCUGAGCAAAAGCCAAAACUCCUGGCCCGCUUCAUCCUGAUCCUCUUGGUUGGCUCCUUCGACGUGAUCUGCGCCAUCGUCCUCAUUCAGAGUCAAAGCAUGAUGGCCUUUCGUGUGGGGGGUGCGCUGGAGAGCCUGCAGUCCCAGUACUUCAUGGUCAACCUCUGCUUUUCCAUGCUGACCUUUGAUCUUCAGGCACAGCUCUGCCUGUGCGUCCUGCUGAUCAGCCUGCACGAGAUCACCCUUCUCCAUAACAUCAUCUCGGCAACGGGGGUAGUUUGGGCCUGCCUGAAGGUGACCAUCAGCAUCACCGCGAUUUUAAAAGAACUGAAGCCUCUAGUGUGGAUUUUUCUGAGUCUGAAUGUACCUGAAGUCGCUUAUCUCAUCUACCUGCUCUACACGGUGAUAAGGGAGUGGGGCAAAGGGAAUUCUUACACUCUGGAAGCUGCUUUCAUCACUGGCUCUUGCAUUUCUGUUGCAAUAAAAUCUGUUUUGUUUUGGGCGCUGAUCCACGUCUACCGCAGCUUUGGACAGGGGCUGAGAGAAAGAAUGUUUUCUUCCUAUGGAAGGAUCGACUCCUGAGCAUCUCGCUUGUGCUCUAUCUGCAGCUCUUACAGCGUGAAAUGGUCACUGGGGAAGUUCUGAUCAAGUACUGGCUUCCAGGAUGUGAGAUAAUGGGUCGGUGUCACAGAAGCAGGGGAAGCUGCUCAGAAAUACGUCUGUCCAUUUCGUGGUUCAUGCUGUGCUAGGGAACUACAGCAGCGCAGCUGGUAACGGUCUAAAAGGCAAAGUGCGCUCGGGAAAUUAACAGUAAUCCUCUCAAUUCAGCAAGUUGUGCUGACGGGACAAUGCAGCUUUCAGUCCUUGUUUUACUGACACUGCUUUGCAACUGCAGGAGGUUCACAACAUGCAUGCGAGUAGAGAACGUUGUUAAUAUAAAUGCUGUUUUUCUGGAUAUACACAAACAUAAUGAAAGUAACUUUGCACACCCGUCUUGUAUUACUGAGUCUAGGACUGGGGUGCCCUACCACCACAUCUCAGCCCAAGCCCUGGCGUUGUUCUGGUGGCAGCUGUAUUCCCUGAUGCUACGGCCGUGGGAGGCUCAACCCCAGCACAGUGAGCGGGGCUCUUGUUCCUCCUCCGACUGCAGAAUAUUUCAAUUAUUUUAUUGUUGGUUGGUUUUUCAAGCCCAGCUACACGUGAGCACUUGGCAAUGUCAUCUCCUGCCUUCCUCCAGUGUUUCUAACCUACGUGCCAUCUCGUACACAAGGGUAACUGUUACAAUAAGCCUGUUACAAUAUUGUAAUUUUAAAACUGUUGCAAUAUUGUAAUUUAAAAGUUUGGUAUUUUAUUGAUUGGAACCUUUAGCUAUUUUUUAAUAAAGUAUAACCACAGUUUGCACAUAGAA